CACUUUUCCUUCUAUUAUUAGCGUUGGAAAGCAGAGAAGCUUGGUUUUCCCGCAACCUCAUAACUUUUGAAGACUUUUACUGGCCGCUGCGCCGUUUGGCCACGUAACUCUUUGGUGUGGUUUAAAAGCGCCAACCAAAACGGAAAGCAAAUGUUCCCAAGCCAUUUGCCACUCCAAAUCACACUUCCAAGUGCGGCAUUGUAACCGGGAUUGGCUCGACCUCCAGGUUUGAAGUUCCCCACAUGGCACGUUCCUCUGCAUGCACCGCGGCUGCUUUCAAUAUCAGCUCUGAUUGGGUGGAGAUCCUGGAGCCACGCUCCCGCGAGCGCAUGUAUGUGAACUUGGCCACCGGCGAAUGUGGCUGGAAUCCUCCUCUGGGCGCUCCCGUUCGCCAGGCGGAUGGCAACCAGUGGUGGGAGCUCUUUGACCCCCAGAGCGGCCGCUUCUACUACUACAACUCUACUGGGCGUCGCACCGUCUGGCAUCGGCCGCAGGGGGCAGAUAUAGUGCCCCUCUCCCAGCUCCAGGCCAUGAAGCGCCGCAGUGAGGCCGAGCGGGCGGGAGUGGGUGCGGAGAAGCACUCGCAUGGCACCGCCGGGAGUCUCAGCAGUGUGGGGAGCCAGGGCCCGGUCGCACUUCCGCCUGAGCGAGACGGAGACAAUCCGGAGAGCGCGCAAGCGGCUUCCAACCCGGAGCCGGACCCGGCGGCGGAUGUCGGAUCACAGGCAGACGGAUGCGGCGAUGAGCGCAGAGAACCGCAGAGGAACGCCUCUCAAAGAUGGCAGCCCAUACCCGGUUCUAAGGCAGCAAUGUUGGUCAAGGUGAACAGCAUGAGUCGGAACCAGCCAAGCCCAGCUUCGCAGCAGCAACUCCUCCAGCCCGGUGCGCUCAACAAAGGCAACACGUUCACCCAACACCCAUCCGGCAUGAAGGCCCAGGGAGGAUGUUUAAGCUCCACCCAAGGAUAUAAGACCGCCCCCUGUGGCAAAGCGACAUCCGACCCGCGCCAGGCCCAUCACCAGAGAAAAGCCAGCAACGGCAGCUUUUGCGUAGCCACGUCAGAUAGUAGUCAAGCCAGUCCGCUCCUUCAGCGGUCGCAGACGAGCACGCCGCGCCCAGUCUCCCCGCAGUAUGCCUGCAGCGCCCCGAUCUAUGACGAGCCAGUGACGGACUGCCCCAUAUACGACGAACCCCCAAUCGACAUGGAGGUGGAAGGAGCGCACCUUUUCAAUGGGCAACAGUCGUCCCGCCCCAAUCCCUCCCAGAGUCUCCAGAGAGCAAGACUUCUCCAGCAUCUCGGUGCUUCUCUUCCAGGUUCCCGGCACAGGAGAGGUCCUUCCGCCUCCGACUAUAGCCCAGCUGGCCUGGAGUGCAUCAAACAUAUGAUCAAUGUCGACCCCAAGCAGCUCCUCUCCGGCUCCCCCUUACCCACACGCACCCCCUCGCCGACAUCCCGGCAGGGCCUCGUCCCAAACCCGCCGGCCCAGUCGCAGGCUCACUCUUUGCCCCAAGUUCGAGGCCUGCUGCGGGCCAGUGAAGCGGGGGCCCCAGGCCCGAGUACACUGGAUAAGAAGCAGAGUUGGCGAGUCCUGGAGGCCACAGUCCAGCGUGCUAUGGAGGCACGGCACAGUAGGCAGAGCAGCCAGGCUUCGCAGGACUUCACCUCCUCGACGCCGCAGGCAAUGGCAAACUAUCAAGACUCGGGCUACUCCACCGGGCCCUCUCCGAGUUUGAGACGAAAGAGCAGGAGAAGGAUGGGAGCCGCUGGAGGUGCGGGAGCCAGGCCGGGGUCAGUCGGCAGCAGCGGAGAGCUGUGUGCCCUCAAUGAGAGGCUGAUGGCUGAAAUGAGGGAAGUCGUCAGUCGCUCCAACACCAUGAGGGAGGUGCGAGCGGGACUGGAACAGGAAAUAGGCCAGACGCCGGUUGCGUCCCAAGCGCGCUCCCCCGUAGACCCGCGGAGGUGGUACGCCGGUGGAGGCGGGGGGCUGCCAGCCGGCGGGUGCUCAUCCCGAGAGGACCUUACUGGGGCGGCCGAUGCUCCCGCCAGCCCCCUCGAGAUACCGGCGAGGCAGAAGAGGACGUAUGAAAAAGUCGAUACCUUGGAGAUGAGCAUUCCAAGCCAGGCCAGCCUGUCUUCGCCCGAGACUCCGGGACCACCCUCCCAGGCGAGCACCCUCGAGCUGCAGUCUCAGCUGGAGAGCAGAAAGAAGGACAUGGUGGAUGGACGCAGCGCAUCCCUUGGCCCCCACCGACCUGCCACCCGUGAGAACAGAGAGGGAGCCGAUGGAGCGCACGCUGCGGAAUCGUCCUACCAGUUGUCGUACGCCACCCUGCGACAGCCGCCGCCUCCGGACGGCGGCAUCGAGGACUGGGCCAGCAAGCACCUCAACAUGCACACGCAAGGGCUGUUCCGCCGCCGCGUCUCCAUCGCCAACAUGCUUUCUUGGAACCGAGGGUCCAUCAAAAAGCCCAUGCUGGUCACGAGCGACCGCGCUGUCCGCAAGGAGGCUUGCGAGAUGUUCAAGCUGGUGCAGGCCUACAUGGGAGACCGGCCCUCGCGCCUGGACCGCCGUCACUGCGCCCUACUCAUCGUCACCAAGUGCUGGGACAUGCAAGGCCUGCGGGACGAGUUGUACGUGCAGCUGGUGAGGCAGACCACGGGAAACGCAAGCCCCCGGAGCUUGGCGGCGGGUUGGGAACUGAUGGCCGUCAGCUUGGCCUUCUUUGCCCCGUCGCCCAAGUUCCGCUGUUACCUGGAGGGCUACAUCCAGAGACACACGGAGCCCACCAGCGACAAGAAAUGUGAGUCUCAGACCGAGCAGCAGGUGACUCAGUUCAUACUGGAGCAGCAGGAGCUGAAAUUAAAGAAGAAUUCAAAAUCCAGGAAAAAGCGAAAGCAGAACACAGAUGAGGAAGAAGGCCUGCCUGUCAGCACCUACGCCAAGUUCUGUCAUCGGAAGCUGCAAAAGGUGGCCAUCACGGGAGGGAAAAAGGGGCUACGUAAGCCCACCUUGGAAGAGGUGGACCACAGCAGACGGGCCAUCAUCACUCCCUCCCUGUUUGGUAGCUCCCUGGGGGAAGUCAUGGAGCGGCAAAGCGAGCUUUUCCCAGACAGGAAAUUACCCUGGGUGCAAGUUCAACUCUCCCAAUAUGUUCUUGCUCUGGGCGGCGCUCAAACGGAGGGCAUCUUUCGAGUGCCCGGAGACAUCGAUGAAGUCAAUGCAUUGAAGCUGCAGGUAGACCAGUGGAGGAUCCCGGAGAACCUGUCGGACCCAAAUGUUCCCGCCUCUCUCAUGAAGCUGUGGUAUCGAGAGCUGGAGGAGCCGCUCAUCCCCAUGAACUUCUACAAUCAGUGUGUCAGCAACUGCGACGAUCCCGUUGCAGCCAUUGCCGUCGUUCAGUCUUUGCCUGAGCUCAACAGGCUGGUGCUCUUCUACUUCAUCCACUUUCUGCAGGUGUUUGCUCAGCCAUCUAACGUAGCUGUCACCAAGAUGGAUGUGAACAACCUGGCCAUGGUGAUGGCCCCCAACUGCCUCCGGUGCCAAUCGGACGACCCUCGCAUUAUUUUUGAGAACACGCGUAAAGAGAUGUCCUUCCUGAGAAUGCUCAUCGUUCACCUAGACACCAGUUACGUGGAAGGAGUGGUGUAGACUCCCAGAAGCUCUCUCUGCAGAAUACACUGGAAAUACGCGGGAUGAGACAUGACACCUCAGUGAGAGACGAAACAAAUGACCCGAGGCAUCCUCUGGUUGAAUGAUCCUAAACUAUGCAGCUACGUAGUCUUAAGGCCAAGAAACUCCAAACUGAGCCUUUUUUUUGUUUCUGUUUCCUCAUAUCAUUCAAGUGCGCUCGUGUGUAUGACCGUCAGCGUGAGACAUCUCACCGUGCACAGGUUUGUUUUGAAAAUACAAAGACAAUCCAGAAGUUGCUCAUCUGAUCACUGGUCUAUUAUAUGGGAUUUUGAGUGCAGAGUGUACAGAGCGCAAACCUUUGUGACUGAGUUGUGAUGAUUAUUUUCGAAAAACACAUUUGCGAGUCGUUCUGACCCUCAUUACUCAUUUGAGGGCAAACCGAUGAUGUGUAUGUCCAUCAUAUGUCUUUGUGAAGUGGGAGAUGACUUAUUUAAUGACAAUAAUAAUCUAGAAGAAAUUUCAGUCGGACCUCUGUUCUAUAUUCUUGUGAUCUGUGCGCGUUGUGGCUCAGGUCUUAUUGGGGGGGGAGGGUAGCUUGGGGUAACUGUACCAUAGACAGUCUCCCCACAGACUAAACAUGUCAUCAUUGUGUCGAAGCCCUUUACUGAGAAUGGACUGUUCUGCUCAACUGUCAAGCAUUCUGAGAAUGUCGAAUAAGCUGACCGAGUCCUCUCUCUGGCUUUUCCAAUGUAUAUAUAGCGCAUGUAAAUAACAUUAACAGUUUAUUUGAAUGAAGGAUAUGAGUGGGAGAUGCUGUAAAGAGCAAUAAAGAGGUUUUGUAAUUUUUUUUUUUUUUUGUUUGUUCUGCUGUAACCGCCUGCCUUUUGAACAUAGGACUGACUCAAACCACUCAAUAUGUGUAGAUGCUGCACUUCCUUGUUUGACGAUAGAACAAUUGUCCAUCAAUAAAGGUUUGGUCAGUUGUGU